GGAGAAGAAAAAAAAUUUUAAUGGAGAUGACAACGAUUUUAUUAAUCGCAAAGAUUUCUUAAACUGCUUCAGCUGUUUCGCUUUUGAUUAUAAUUAUUAUAUUUUGAACAUAUUCUUUUAUUCCUUUAAACUUUUAUUUUUAGCUGUCGUUGGAGAUGUCUUUGAAUAUCUUGUUACUUGGUAAUGGUGGUCGUGAAUCUGCUUUAUCCUAUUUCUUAAACAAAUCUGAUUCUGUGAGCAAAAUUUAUAUUGCCCCUGGAAACGCAAAUCAAAUUAAAAAUUCCAAAAUUGAAAAUGUCCCAAUCAAUACUAAUAAAUCAGAUUUCCCUAAGUUGUUAGACUUUUCCUUAAAAAAAGACAUCAAUUUAGUUAUUCCAGGCCCAGAACAACCUCUAGUUGAUGGUAUUUCUAAAGUUUUCCAAAACCAUGGUAUUCCAGUAUUUGGUCCAUCUGAAUUAGCUGCUAGAAUGGAAGGUUCAAAAACUUUUUCAAAAGACUUUAUGAAGAAACAUAGUAUUCCCACCGCAAAAUAUCAAAAUUUUAGUGAUUAUGAAAGUGCAAAAAAUUACAUUGACUCAAUUGAUUAUGAUAUUGUCAUCAAAGCCUCCGGUAUUGCUGGUGGUAAAGGUGUUUUAAUUCCUCAAUCCAAACAGGAGGCCUUAGAUGGUUUGCAUCAAGUUAUGGUUCAAAAAAAUUUCGGUGAUGCCGGUGAUGAAGUGGUUAUCGAGGAAUUUCUUCAAGGCGAUGAAUUAUCAAUUUUAGCCUUUUCGGACGGUUAUACAAUCAUAGAUUUACCUCCUGCACAGGACCACAAAAGAAUUGGAAAUAAUGAUACUGGCUUAAAUACUGGUGGCAUGGGGACAUACGCUCCUGCUCCUGUUGGAACUCCAAAACUAUUAAAAAAAAUUAGAGAAACUAUUCUUAAACCAACAAUUGAUGGUAUGAGGAAAGAUGGCUUUCCAUUUGUUGGUAUGUUAUUCACCGGUAUUAUGCUAACUAAGUCCGGUCCAAAAGUUUUGGAAUAUAAUGUUAGAUUUGGAGAUCCAGAAACCCAAAGUGUUUUACCUCUUCUUUCAGAUGAUAGUGAUUUAGCUCAAAUUUGUCUUGCUUGUGCUGAACAUAGAUUAGAUUCCGUUAAAGUUGAUGUUAAAGAAGAUUGUUUUGCAACUACAGUUGUUAUGGCCGCUCAAGGUUAUCCGGAAUCCUAUAAAACUGGAGAUGAAAUUGUAGUUGAUUACAAUAAUUUACCUCAAAACUCUUACAUUUUUCAUGCUGGAACUAAAUACAAUUCUGAGGGAAAAAUCGUCACCAGUGGUGGUAGAGUUAUUGCUGCUACUGCUUUUGGAAAAACAUUAGAAAAAGCUGUUGCAAGUGCUUAUAAAGGUGUUGAUUGUGUUCACUUCAAUGGAAAGUAUUUUAGAACGGAUAUCGCUUAUAGAGCUUUCAAAGAUCAAAAGAAUGUUGUAGCUAAUUCAACUAUUACCUAUGAAGAUGCCGGUGUUUCUGUUGACAAUGGUAAUUUGUUGGUUGAUCAAAUUAAACAAAAAGUCAAGUCAACACAAAGACCUGGUGCUGAUUCUGAUAUCGGUGGCUUUGGUGGUUUAUUUGAUUUAAAAGCUAGUGGCUAUAGUGCAUCUGAAGCUCUUUUAGUUGCUGCAACUGAUGGUGUUGGUACAAAACUAAUAAUAGCUCAAGAGAUGAAUAUUCAUAAUACUGUUGGAAUUGAUUUGGUUGCUAUGAAUGUAAAUGACUUGGUUGUACAAGGUGCAGAACCACUAUUAUUUCUAGACUAUUUUGCUACCGGAAGUUUAGACAUUAAGGUAGCUACUGAUUUUGUUUCGGGUGUUGCUGAUGGUUGUAUUCAAGCUGGAUGUGCUCUCAUUGGAGGUGAAACAUCAGAAAUGCCUGGAAUGUAUGGUCCUGGUCAUUACGAUACCAAUGGAACAUCUGUUGGAGCUGUUUUAAAAUCAAAUAUACUUCCAAAAACCAACAUAAUGUCUAAAGGAAACGUUAUUUUAGGUUUAGCUUCAAAUGGUUUACAUUCCAAUGGUUACUCUUUAGUCAGAAAAAUCAUUAAAGUUAAAGAAUUAUCGUGGUUUGAUAAAGCUCCUUGGGAUUCUAACACCUCUGUCGGUAAAAGCUGUUUAACCCCAACUAAGAUUUAUGUUAAACAACUAUUGCCAUUGAUUUCCAAAGGUUUGGUUUUAGGUUUGGCUAAUAUCACCGGUGGAGGAUUAGUCGAAAACAUACCAAGAGCUCUUCCUAAACAUUUAUCCGCUAAAAUUGAUAUGAAAUCUUGGAACGUUCCUGAGAUUUUCAAAUGGUUUGGGAAAGUAGGUAAUAUUCCUACAGAUGAUAUAUUCAAAACUUUCAAUAUGGGUAUUGGAAUGGCUUUAAUUUGUGAAAAAGCUUCUGUUAAUCAAGUCACUAAAUUGUUAGAAGAAUCAGGUGAAACAGUUUACCAAAUCGGUGAAUUAAUUGAUAGAAACGAUUCAACCCCAGGCUGCUUUAUUGAAAAUACCAAUUCACUAUACUGAAAAAUUAAUUAAAGCUUUUCUUCCUUUUUCUUACGAUUUUUUUAAGUUAUUAUAUUUAUAGUUUAAAUUGAUAUAAUAAUAUUAUUAUAGGAUAUCUUUUCUACAACCAUAGCCAAAAGGAUUAUAAAAAAAAGUACCAAGAAAAUAAAAAUAUAAAAAAGAA